AUGUACCUUCUUUCCCGUCUGUCCCCCGUUCUGCUCGUCAUUCUUCUGGGUUCAAAAGUGUCGUCGGACAAGGCGAGUGCUUCUGGUUUUCUUGAUUACCUACGCCUUCUAGAGGGUCUGAUACAUUUGGUUUUUGAGACUCGAAACUUUUGCUUUUAAUCAGAUUAUCAGAUCGAGCUAAGACUCAAAUAAAUCAUACUGAUAUCGUGACAAAGUUCGGGUCCGAACAGAAAAUAAGCCACGAUUUUUCUAUUUCCAGGUGGCAGGACCUCUAUCAGUCUGCGACGGGCUCAUCGAGCCGAGUGUCUUAUCAAUCGAUAAGCCACUGGAAAACAUCAAAGCAGAUCGGGGCGACUCUGUGAUUCUUCGGUGCGCAUUCUACGCUUCUCCACAGCCGAGUAUCACAUGGUACCACCGCGGACAACGAGUCGAAAGUCACCCGGCCGCCCAUUUCGAGUCGUUUUUGUCGGCCACUAACUUGGGGCAGUCGGUGGUCGAGUCAGGUGAGAAAAGGGUUGAAGCUGGGACUCAAAAAACUAGCUUGAGCGCCUGGAUUUUCCGAAAGUUAAAGUGAAAAAGAAGAAACGUCACCAGACGCGGACACCCUCAUUAAAUGAAUACGUUGCGCUCGAGUUCUUCGAACUCGAGUGACAAACAACGUUUGUUUUCUCAUUUCUCAUUUCAUUUGCUAUUUGAACUUCAGCCCUUCGCAUCGAUUGUUUGGAUGAGCGGACGGCCGGAGAGUACUUUUGCGAGGCGACGUCACCGUGCACGAAGCCUGUAGUCACCACUUCAAUCGUUUCAAUUAAAAAAGGUAAUUAUGAGUCGUUGUUCAAUCGAAACCCGCACACGUUCAGAUCCGUCAAAACGUGGAUCAUGCAAAUCAGUGCGGCAACCGGUGGAAUCACCUCCCAUCAUAUCCGACUUUACACUUUCACGCAUAGAACUUCCCGGAGGACUUGUUCAGUUGGCUUGCCGUUCUCGCGGCGUCCCACAGCCGAAAAUCACGUGGAUGAAAAUCGAAGAGGACGAGUCGCUGAGCCCAAUUACAGGACUAUCUGCUUACAUGGUAAUGUCGUAUUCAAUUACACACAACAUUCGAGAGUAGGAUUUCAGCACCUUCCAAACGGAGAUCUUAUGGUCAUGGGUGACGAGGAAACCAUUUCGGAGUCGUUUCGGUGCAUCGCCGAGAACACGCAAGGAGCCACUUAUCAGGACGCGUCCAUCAUCUACAUGUUGCCGUGA